AUGGAAAUUGACAAGAACGAGUCAUUAACGUCGGGUUCAGAUCUAUCGGAAAAUGAUGAUCUUGACCAAGCAAUUCAGACCCUACUUUCGGAAACAAUACCGUCAUUACUUGAACAGAUGUGGCUUGAAUGGAUUGAGGACGAAUCGCGACUGGCAGUCACCCAAGAAGAAAAACAGAACGUGAUCAAUCUUUUUUCUGAAGCGGUCAAAGAUUACCUAUCAAUUAACAUAUGGUCCGCUUAUUCGAAUUAUGUACUGAACGAGUACAAAAGUUCACUUGAUCAGAUGAAUGGUGUAGACGAAAGGGCUAGUUUAAUCACAAUAGAAUAUGUUCGGAAGGUGUUCGAAGAGGCAUGCAAGGAGACUGGAUAUGUUAUAACGGAAAGUCACAAGAUUUGGGACCCUUACAGAGAAUUUGAAGAGAAAAUUAUGGAGCACAUAAACCUUAAAACAUGCGAUUACUUUUUUGUAGCCAUUGAAAAGACGUUUUCAGACUAUUCGUCUUUCAUCACAAAAUAUGAGAAUGUUAACUAUGAGAAGUGCAUGAUCGAAGCGAAUUCGUUCUUUAGUAAAACUAAAGUCAAAUAUUAUAAAAUGGAUAAGUAUGAGCAAGAAUUGAGCACAUCCGGUUUCGCUUUAUACAAAUUUAUCGAGUACAUCGAGCAUGAAACAAAGCAGCCGAAUUCACUUUUGCCGGCAAUUCGCUGCUUAUAUGAGAGAGCCAUUGCUUACCAUUAUUUAGACCCAUCUCUUUGGGAAAACUAUAUUUUUUAUCUUGUCGAGAACAAAGUUUCUUAUGACGACACCCUCAAGAUUCUUGAACGCAAAAAAAGGGCUAUCAUGGAAUCGUACGACGAAAUAAAAAAUAUAUUUCAGAGGGCGUUAUCCACGGGGAUGCUCAAUAGUAAUGUGGACGAAUUAGUCAAAGUAGUAGUUGCAAACUGUGAUCUCGAAAGGAGGAGAGUGAGUAACGAAGAAUUGAUCAAUUCAAAUAACUCGGAUGCCCUUAAAAGUGCUAUAAAGGAAGGACUUCGGACAGUAGAAAAAGCGUUUAAAAACGGUGAUCCUCUUUAUCGUUUAGAAAGAUAUUUGAUAGAAAUUGAGACGUUGACCGGAUGUACAAGUAAAGCGAGGGAGAUGUGGGAACGAGUCAUCAAACAUCAUCGCAACGAAUCCGGAGUGUGGCUUCGUUACGCAGAUUGGGAGAAAUCUUUGGGAAACUUGGAGGAAACUCGUAAAAAGUUUAGAAAAGCAUCUCAACAGGACACCGAUUGGCCAGAACAAAUAUUUGACGCUUGGGAGCAAUUCGAGCAUCAAUAUGGAACAUUGGAAACCCUUGAAACUGCGCAAAUUUUUAUGAGGAAACAGAUGAAGAAUGUGAAAAAGAGACGUGCAAAGGCGCUAGAGCAAGCUGAAAUUGCACAGUUGUGUGAACAAUUUCAGGCUGAACAGGAUGUUCAGCCUGCAGAAAACUCCAAACAUGUGGGUGAAUUAGAUUCUUCGACAACGGAUCAAAAGAAUGAUGCCAAAAAAAGAAAACACGAAGAUGAUUCGCAGAUUGACGGAUCACCAUUCGAGAAGAGAAAUAAAUCUGCUCACGCUGAUCGGAACAAACGUGAUCGUGAAUUUUCGACGAUAGUCGUGAGAAACCUACCAUCGGAUAUUACAAAAGGUCAAUUGAAAGCACUAUUGCAUGAGUGCGGGAAGAUCGUAGAAAUCCGACUAAUAGAAGACUCCGAAAAAUCCAACAAAUAUGCGUACAUUGAAUUUGCGAGCAGGGACGAUGUUCCCGCCGCGUUGACCAAAGACAAAAAGAAAGUCGGCGAAAACGAGAUUGAUGUUUAUAGGAUAUUUCAACACAUUUUAUAUAUCACCAAUUUCACCGAAUCGACAGAUUUGAAUAAACUAUUCAAGAAGUAUGGAGAAAUAAUCGAGAUCCGAUUUCCAAGUAAAAAUUGGCGAGCAGGAAGAUUUUGUUAUAUUGAAUAUAAGAAUAGGGAGUCGACACAAGCCGCAUUGGAAAUGGAUGGCUACGAAAUUGAACCGGGAAGAAAAUUGAAAGUAAUGAUUUCAAACCCUUCGUUGAAGAAAACGCGUUCACCGCCGAUACAAAAAGAAAUCUUUAUUCGUAACCUCCCGAGUCGCGUCGAAAUUAGCGAGUUAGAAGAAUUCUUUAAAACGUGCGGUAAAGUUAUCAAAGUUAGAAUUCCCAAGACGAAAGACAAUAGAUGUAAGGGCGUUGCGUUUGUGGAAUUUGACACAGAGGUGG